AUGAUUUGUGGCCUCAGCACGAGAGAAUUUAAUUCGCUGUCUUAUGAAAACCAUGACCUGGAUGUCCCAGGCAAGCCCGAUACCAAAUCUCAAAAGCUAAUAGGUGAGGGAUGGCCCAGUGAGAAUGAGGAGGAGAAGCCUCCUCCACCGAAAAAUGCAGAGAAAGUGGAACCGUCUGGGGCGUUUGGAGAGGGGCAAUUCCUGUCCCCGGAGCAGCUAGAAUCUUUUGAAAAUCAACACAAAUUGGAAAAUCAGCAAGACAACCCGUUGGGGGAUGGAGACUGUAAGCCGGUCCCUUGCCGGGGGGUUGGCCGGAAGCGGGGCGAAGCCACUGCCCAGUCACGAGUUCACAAGGACCGGCGGAAAAAGGUGUGCACCGAGUGCGGGAAGUCAUUUGGCCGGAGCUCCGACCUGCUCAAGCACCGGAGGACCCACACUGGGGAGAAACCCUUCCAGUGUCUCCACUGCGGGAGGAGCUUCAGCGACCGCUCCAAUCUCAUCGCGCACCGACGAAUCCACGCUGACCAAAAACCGUACCAGUGCUUGGACUGUGGGAAAAGCUUUUGCCAGAACUCCUACCUCAUCCGCCACCGAAGGAUCCACACGGGGGAGAAACCAUACAAGUGCUCGUACUGCGGCAAAGGCUUCAGCGACAGCUCGAACCUGGUGGUGCACAAGAGGACCCAUACGGCCAGCGACAAGCCGUACCGGUGCCCCGACUGUGGACGAAAGUUCAGCGAACCCUCACUCCUCAGCAGGCACCAGCGGAUGCACGCGAAGGAGCGGCCGUACAAUUGCUCGGACUGCGGGAAGACCUUCCGCCACCGUUCGGAUCUCAUCCGCCAUCGGAGGACCCACACAGGAGAGAAGCCGUUCAAAUGCCUGGAUUGUGGGAAAUGCUUUAGCCAGAGAUCCCACUGCAGUACACACGAGAGGAGGCACACCAGGCAGAAGCUGUACCAGCAGUGCUCAGAGGUCGGGAAGAGCUUUGGAGCCACUGAGAUUGGACUCCCCGCAAAGGAGGAAGUUGCCGAAACUGGUCAAAAACUUGCUGCCCAGAAGGUUGGGCACAUGUGUGUCCUCCUUCACACAGAGUGGGGUUACCUAUAGCCAAGCCGGUUAACAUCAACUCGCAUAGGG